UUGCCACUCCCACCCAAUAUGUGAAUCUGUGAAUGUGAACUAAAAACCAAAACAUUUGACGAUGCACUCUUUGAUUUUAUUGCUGUGAUCACGGACGCAAUUUGUCUGUGUAUCAAUUUAAUGUUUUUAUUUUACCUCAAAAUAACUAAUUAUAGAUAACUAGUUUUACUCUCUGCAUGAUGCGCCAUGAACGACUUAGCCAAAAAGCUGCCAGAAUCUGCAUUAAAAGAAAAACUCUCAGACGCUGCAACGUAUUGCUAUGCAGCGAUUUGUGCCCUUUCGCUGCACGAGUUGUUUGGCAAUAAGUGGGACCUUCCGUACAGCAUCGAUUGUAUAAAAAAAUUUACCUCACAUCUAGGUCUACCAUUGCAGGUUAACGAUGCCAUGAAAAGUUUGGUUGAAGGCCAAGGCAGUCAGACUUACCAAGCCUAUGUGGAGCUCCUUUUGGCAGAGCCUCAGAUACAAGCUAAUCCUGUCAUAAUCAUCCAAGACAUGGUGCUAUUCGGAAUAAAAUCUGGCCACUAUGACGCUCGAACUCGAGUAUUAAUCGCCCAUGUCGCUGUGUUGAUGGGCGCGCCUGCCGCUUUGGCUCAACUUGCAGAAGAAGCUUUGGGCCAGUCUUUACUCAGUUCCCACAGCGAGCAGUCAGAUGCACUAUCACCAGAGCAACAGCAAGUAGCCGAUCGACGCCAAAGAACCCGCAAAAUAAAAAGAUAUGCGCUUAUCGGCUUGGCCACGGUGGGUGGAGGAGCACUAAUUGGUUUGACGGGAGGUCUGGCUGCACCGUUAAUUGGUGCAGGCAUAGGCACCAUUGUGGGAGGAGGUGCAGCAGCAGCUGCUAUAGGGUCUGUUGCUGGUGCUGCUGUGCUCGGUUCAUUAUUUGGGUUGGCUGGAGCAGGACUUACUGGGUAUCGCAUGAAAAGGAGAGUCGGAGACAUCGAGGAAUUUGAGUUUGGAAAGUUGUCUGUUGGCUCAGGAGGUCAGCUGCACAUUGCCAUUGCUGUCUCUGGCUGGUUGACGGAAGAAGACGAUGAAAAAUUCAAGCGUCCGUGGAAAUGCCUUGACAGCUCAAAGGAGCAAUACUUCCUGCGCUACGAAUCAAGCUAUUUGAAAGAACUUGGCCAGGCGUUGGAUAUGGCGGUCUCGGCUGCUGUCACCGUAGCUACACAGGAAGUUCUCAAAUUCACUAUUCUCCGUGGAAUCUUGACAGCAAUUGCGUGGCCAGCCUCUUUGGUUUCCCUCUCGUCCAUUAUUGAUAACCCUUGGGGAGUUUGUUUGCGAAGAUCUGCACAAGUAGGACGGCACCUGGCCCACGUCUUGCUUGCCAGAGAGCAUGGAGGCCGUCCUGUGACUCUGGUUGGCUACAGUCUGGGAGCUCGAGUGGUUUUCUAUUGCCUCAGGGAGUUGGCUGAUCGACGGCCUGGCAGUGAAGGAAUUGUUCAGGAGGCAAUUAUGUUGGGCGCCCCAGUGACAGGAAGUGUGAAAGAUUGGCAGGACAUUUCUACUGUGGUCGCGGGCAGAAUUGUCAAUGGCUACUGCAGAUCUGAUUGGUUGCUGAAAUUUUUAUAUCGUACAACGUCAAUCGCUGUUAAUAUUGCUGGUCUUAAUGAAAUUUCUUGUGACAGCAAACGCCUUCAGAAUGUUGAUCUAACUGACAUAGUUUCAGGUCACACGGAUUAUGAGAGUAAGGUGGAGACUUUGUUGAAAGUCGUUGGUGUCAGAACAAUAGACUGCUCUAAUGAAAACAGCUUGAGGAAAUCCCAGUCUGAGUGGGCAAUCGGGUCAGCGUCUACUGAUCCUACAUGUUCCAUCCGACAGUCUAUGUCUGACUCGGCGCUGGUUUCCAAUGCAUCAGACGAGCAGUUUGAAGUUAUCGCAGAAGAUAAUGUUGCAGGUAACAUUUGAUUUCAACUUUCUUGUGAUAAAAAUGUCAUUUAAUAUGUGAUAACACAUCAAAGCGCGUAAAUAAUUAUAUUUCAUGUUGGACGAUAAUCAAAAGUUCUAAAGUUAAUGUUGCCUUAUUCAAAACAAUUAUUCCCAAUCAUAACGGGGCCUAAAACGCAUUUUUACUCUGAUUGUAAGACUCUUAUGGACAUAUCUGAUAUUUAUAAAUAUUCGCACAUUGCAGUCAAACUAAACUUGUAAUCUGCAUAAAUUGUAACUUGUAACACUAAAAAAAAUAUAUGCAACUCUAAAAUUAUACUUCGUAUACUGAUAUAUUGCGUCCAUUAAUAAAAAUUGUAUGACAUGAUUGUAAAUUAAACUUAGUAAAUGUAUCAAAUUGCUAUUCUCAACUUUACAAAAUCUAUUGUAAUGACUGAAUUUGUAUUACCACCAUUACCACUAAAUUUACCAAACUGCACUGUUUUUAAUAAUAUGUAAUUAUUAGUUAAAAUAAUUCUAUUUACCGCUAUUUACACUCUUUAUUUAAAAUAAAGCUGAUUUUAUCAAAUA